CACGUGCAGAUAACGACAAACUGGGAUCAGUGGUGUAUGGAGCUGUACGGUAUCGAAUAUUAAACGUAAUGGCUGAAGGCGGAACCCCUCACGAUAUUCCCGAUUGUCCCGGACCUCCCAGGGAAGCCCGGCUGUUAGAUUGUCCGAUUUGUCUGGAGCAGUUGCACGAACCAAAGUCCCUCCCGUGUCUUCAUUCCUUCUGUCAGGAGUGUCUGUCCACCUUUAUCACCAAAGACCUGUCGGGGAAGAUGGCGUCGGCGACUGCCUUCCCUUGUCCUGUGUGUAGGAAGAUGACACAGCCGGUCAACCCGUCUGAGGACAAGGAGAAAUGGGCUCAACAAUUCCCAGCCAAUGCAAUAGUGAAAGAUCUGGUAAAGGAAGCGACAAUGGAACCGAUGUAUUGUAAACCUUGCGGAGGGAAAGGGAAUACUGGGAUACCGGCAGCGAUCUGGUGUAAAAUAUGCAAUGUGUUCUUUUGUGAUACAUGUAAAGUCGAUUUUCAUGAUUGGAUUCACAAAGAAUGUGAAACAGUAGAUGUAACACGGAAGGAAGGAUUUGUUCAGCGACAAGUAACAGAACAGAUCCGAUGUGAAAAGCAUACGAAGGAGGUCGAUUACUAUUGUGAGGACCAUCAUAUACUUGGCUGUAGUAGAUGUAUCACCAUAGACCACAGACGAUGUGACGAAGUGACAACGACACAGGAAUACUGUGACAAACUGAAAACGGAGUCACGACUGGAGGAUCGAAAAGAAUUACUACAAAAGACAAUGGAGGAUAUCAAGUUACUCGUCAAAACAUUUGGCGAGAAACUUCAAAUCCUCCUAGAAGAUCAAAAUUCUGGAUUUGACAGUUUAACAGAUCUGCGAAAACAGGUCGACCUACAACUUGACGCCAUGCAAAAGGACAUCACAGACAAACUGGUAUCGUCUUAUAAACAAGAAAAGGAAAAUCUGGACUUGUCUAUACAGAAAUGUGAACGUCUGAUGUCAUCCAUUGAGAAUACAGUAGAAAGCUCCGAGACAGCUGUUCAGAGGAAUGAUAGCGUAAACACAAUAUUGAUGUAUCAGAGAGGCCAAGUAGAGAUGGAGUCCUACCAGAACCUGAUCACGGAAAUGAGGAAUUCUUUUGCUUCUGUCAGAAUAAAACAUGUCAUCGAUCCCAGUCUGGUCAGGUUGGAUACGGAUAGUCCACUGUCGUUAGGAAACGUCAUUAUAGAGAAAAACCCAGAACAGCUCCCAAACGAAAUAGGAACCACGAAGCCAUUGUGCGAAUGUGACGUGCAGGAGGUCGGCAAGUUCAGUAUCAAGUGUCCAUCAGAUGGACACGAUUGUUUUGCAAAUGGCAUUGUUUACUUACCUGAUGAUCACAUCGUUGUUUCAGAUUGGAACAAUAAGAAAAUAAAGUUGUUUACAGCUUCAGGGAAAUGUUUGGAUGAGAUGAAGGUUACUGGAAACCCGUAUGAUAUGUGUUGUAUAGAUGAUGACACUGUAGCGGCCGCUAUCUACAAUUCUGAAAUACUCAUAAUCAAAGUGAACCAUGCAAAACUAACUUUGUCUUCCAAAAUAAAACUUUCUAUCGGAGCAGACCCAUAUGGUAUCACUUACUCAAAUGAGGCGUUUACUGUGAGUACUCAGACCGAUGUGUAUAGAGUCAGUAAGAAUGGAGUUCCGAACACAAUUGUUUCUUAUCCUAAUCGCUGCUUACACCUUGCGUGCGACCCAAGGACAGGACACAUAUAUGGAAGUCAAUUGACAUCCAAGGAUGGUGAUGUAGCUGUAUACAGACUGUCAGACGGUAAACUUACAAACAUAUCAAAAGUCGGUAUGCUGAGGACCGCAUCUGGUGUGGACGUCGACAGUGACGGCAAUGUGUACGUGUGUGGGAAUAGGUCUAAUAACGUGGUACAGAUGUCAAGGGACGGGACAAACGUCAGAGAGCUGCUGACGUCAUCAGACGGUGUAGACAGACCGAGGGCUAUAUCUGUGUGUGGGAACAAAUUCGUGGUGACCAAUGAAUCAAAGAACAGAAAUGAAGUAUAUGUGUUUGAACUUUACUGAUCAGUAACUAUGACAGUUGGUAACAGUAACAGUAUUCUGAUAUGAUCGGCCGUGAGAUUUAUUCGGGCCCUUGAAGCUUUUUUAACAAAUUAACAACAAACUCUAGCAUUCAUGAUGUAUAACUAGAGUGGAUGUAGGCCCAGGACUCACUGGUUAAUCCUGCUGAUUAUUGAAUACAAAUACAAUCAAUCCAGAUAACACUUUGUGUAGAAAUAAUAUUGUGUGAAUGUAAGGAAGUUGAGUUCUAUACAAUGAUGUAAGCUUAUAGAACUAAAUAAGCCAGAGAGCUGUGUUAAUAUUGGACAGGGAUAUGCCGGAUGGAAGGACUACAAAGUUUACCGAAAUGAAUACUUAGCCUUCUCUCAUAUUGAACUGGAGAGGUAGUGAGCUUAGAAGUCACAUAUAAUGAGAAAGAUCAACUCUUAAAUUGCAUUCUAGCCUCUUGUGCCUCUUGUUUGGUACGAGUAAAACAUUUAAGCUGUAGGAUAUGUAGGAAAUUAGACAUGAUUACUUGUUGUCAUACACGAUAGUUUGGAUCCGGUAGCGUGCGAUUCUCUCCAGUCGUAAGCUGGUGUCAUGUAUAGUAUGCUAUGCAUGGAUGGUAGUUUUAUAUAAUCACGUGAAAUAUCGGGAAGGGAUUAAAUUGAAAGGCGUUAGUUAUAGAUGGCCAGUGUUUAAUUACUGAUCUAUUCAGACUGAUAAGGCUUAUAGGAAGGCAAUCAUAUCAGCUCGUUUUAAUUAAUAUUGUAAAUCAUCUUUAUACUGGUAUCAUUCUCACUGGCAUGUAUCAGUUAGGGAAUGGUCUUUUCUUCUCAUAUGACCGUAUAGGCCCAUGGUCUUUUUUCUCAAUAUUUCAAAAUUUACCUCUUUUUAUAUAAAUCUUAUAUUGGCUUUUAAACUUUUGUUAAAUUGAUUACCUGGCGCCAAGAUUAUGUAGACUUCGAUUGUCAUUUAUACAAAAAAAAAAAAAAACAACAACAAACAAACAAACAAAUAAAAAAAAACAACAAAAAAACGCCUAUAUUUUAAUGUCAUAACCCGGUAUUACAUAUAACUGGUGAUUAUGUUUAAAUCAGAUUAAAAUCCUAUUAAAUCGCCUUAAUAAGAUUUUCAACUUCUUCUGUUUUUUAUUUCUGUCUACAGAUUCACAAAAUGAUUAUGCUUUGUAAAAACAACAUCAAAAGCAGUAAAUAUAAGUUAUAAUUAAAGAUAUGCCAUACACACCAACCACGAAUUUGUGUGACCUGU